CGUGACGACAUAUUCCUGAGACAGGCGCUGGAAUUGAACAGGACAUGACUUUGUCAAGUGUAUUUUGUGCUCAAUGUUUUCAUGACAUUUAUGUGAAUUGAAAAACUGCAUCGACACCAUCAUGUCUCUGCUUAGAGCCAUCAGACACAACCCUCAGGUGUUGUGUAGAAAUAUAAUCGCGAGGUCUUUAUCCAGUCAUACUGACGGAGAGGUGAGAAUCACACAAGUGUUAAAGGAGAAGUUUCCUCAAGCUACAGCGCUUAAAGUUGUGGAUAUAUCAGGAGGAUGUGGUGCAAUGUACGAAAUACACAUAGAGUCGGAUGAAUUUAAAGGAAAGAGAACAGUACAGCAACACCAAUUAGUCAAUCAAGCUCUUAAAGAAGAAAUUAAAGCCAUGCAUGGUCUGCGCAUAUUCACCGAUGUUCCUCGAAAGUAGAAACUGCUUGGGGUCAUUCUCACAUCGCCUCAGUCUCACCGCAAUGUAGUAUCACACACACACACCUCAGCCUGUCUGUCUUUCCAUUUUAAAGUCAAUUAUAUGCAAAGUUCUGAAAGUGGCGGGGAAGUACUUUGUAGAUUUUAUAAAUAAGAGCUGUACAGUUACUCGAAAUGAAUGCUGUCGUACGCACAAGAUGAAAGAAUGUUUUGAUAUUGUUUUUGCUGGUGUGCAAAAAAAAUUUAAAUGAGAAUGUAGAAGGCAUGUUGUGGAUUAUUUGAAUUGUUAAUCAUAUUUCAGUAGUCUAAUGGUCCCGCUGUUUGUGUAAAAUUACACUUGAAGUAGAUUUUUGAGAGAUGUUUAUCUGUUCUGUCGAUACAAUAAAUUAUAUCGCCUUUUCCUGACAA